AUGACUGCCGUCUCUCCUCCCCACGUCCCUCGGGAGGUUGACUUCAUCUCCACGGAGGAGUUGAUGGCUAUGACUCCUAUGCAACUCCGAACUCUCGUCAUGAGGAGCGGCAUCCUCGAGCCCAGAAAGGGCCCUUGGUCCCCCGAGGAGAGCCACCGCCUGGUGACGCUGGUGCGGUUGAUGGGCCCUCAGGACUGGGUCAGCAUCGCCUCGUACAUGGCUUCUCGCAACGCAAAGCAGUGCCGCGAGAGAUACCACCAGAACCUCGACCCGAAUCUGCGGCACGAUCCCAUCUCGGAAGACGAGGCCCGUCACAUCAUGGACCUGUACGCAAAGUACGGCACGGCAUGGGCCCGCAUCGCCGAGCAUCUCCCUGGACGCAGCGACAACGCCAUCAAGAACUAUGUCAACGGCCUCGUCAACAAGACCAGACGGGCUGAGGAGCGGCAGGCAGGCCAUCACUCCGCCGCCAAGAGACGGGGUUCUGGCCAGUCCACCCUCUCCGGUGCUUCUCCUUCAGCCCCAGUGUCCUCCGUUAUGGCUACGUGUUCUUCUUCAACCGGCACAGUCUUCACUCCAUCAUCAUUCGGUUCCCAAGCACUGGAAUCACCAACCUUUUCCGACAUGACCGACUCGGACAACAACAACAACAACUACACAGUGGCAUCGUAUCGAUUACCGGCUCAUUCGCCGGAACUUGCACAGCCCCUGGCUCAUCAUCCCACACUCUACCAACAACAGGCCCACGAGGCGUCCAUCUUUGGACAAAGUAGCUAUGGCUACAUCCAGCAGCACGAUGGCCAGCGUCCUGAUUCUCACUCUUCCGAGCCGUCGUUCUUUUCAGGCCCGUCCUUUCAGCAUUCCAGCACGGACCUUGCCCGAUACUCCAUCUCCGGUCCAGCUUCACGAGAGCUUACGAGAGACGUUACGAUGCAAAACUAUGAACUGCCUAGGUUACAGCCACCGUGGGCAGAAAACCAAAUGUCGCACACGACAAUCCUGCCGUCUCCAGAGCAGAGUGUCGCCGCCACCCCGCCAAGUCACCAGGUCGACCCGAGGAUGGCCAUUGCGAGACUGUUGGUGUAG